CAUGGGGGCGGGGCUUCGAUUCUGCUCCGCCCAGCCCUCCUAGUUGUCAUAGUGAUGCCAUAUCUACUGAGACUCCGGAUCCUAACAGCUGGAAGCUAAAAACAGGAGCCAUGGAGUACACAGGGAGCAAAUAUAUCGGGGAAUAUGUAGAUGGGAGGAUGGAGGGCAAAGCCAAGUACAUCCUCCGUACUGAAACAGUAUAUGUUGGGGAAAUGAAGGACGGCAUGUUUCAUGGCGAAGGAACUCUGUACUACCCCAACGGGAGCCAAUACGAUGCUGUUUGGGAAAAUGGAUUGGCCAUAAAGGGCACAUACACCUUUGCAGAUGGGCUGCACUAUGAUGAGAAGAACUGGCAUUACUGCGAUGGCUAUGAUCGGAGGUUUUUCACAGAGAUUCGCAAUGGCUUGAAGCCUGCAGCUAUGGCUCAACUCACCAAUAUGGACCCACCUAGAAAAAUCCCCAAGGGCUGGUAUGAUUGUGGAGAUGGCUUCUAUAACCCGGUCACCAGGGUAAUCAAGGACUAUAGGAACCGCUUUCUGAGAAACGCAGGUUUCCCACUUUCCACUUCUGACCAGCUCCAAGAUCAUCUGUUGAAAGAGACAUGGGAGGCCAGGCGCAGUGGCUCAUGCCUGUAAUCCCAGCACUCUGGGAGGCCGAGGUGGGUGGAUCACAAGGUCAAGAGAUCGAGACCAUCCUGGCCAACAUGGUGAAACCCCGUCUCUACUAAAAUACAAAAAUUAGCUGGGUGUGGUGGCGUAUGUCUGUAGUCCCAGCUGCUCAGGAGGCUGAGGCAAGAAAAUUACUUGAACCCAGGAAGGCAGAGAUUGCAGUGAGCCAAGAUCACACCACUGCACUCCUGCCUGGAGCCUGGCGACAGAGCAAGAUUCUGUCUUUAAAAAAAAAAAAGAAAGAAAGAAAGAGACACGAGUGAAAAGCUCCCAGACAGGGUGUGUAUCUGCUCCCCACCCAGCUUUAGAGAAGGGUGAAAUCUAAGCUGCACAGUGAACACCUAGAGAAAAAAGACCACUUUUAUCUUCUAACAUUUCUCUGGCGCUGUUUAGACAGUUGAAAACUGGAAACAUCCCCAGCAUCCAACACGAGAGGACUGGUUAAAUAACAUAUACUUUAUUCUUACUAUAGAAUACAAUGCAAUCAUUAAAAAUGGCAGCAAAGAAAUAGAUCUAUUCAUACAUAAAGGUAUCCAUAUACUGUUUCAGGUGAUAAAGCAGGCUAAUAAUAAUAGCCAGCAUUUGCCAACUGCUUACUGUGUUCCAGGCACUGGUCUAAGCACUUUACAUGUAUUUUAUUUUAUUUAAUCUCCACAGUAGCCCCACAAAGUAGUUAUCCUUGUUAUUCCCACUUUACAGAUGAUGAAACUGAGGCAAGGUGAAAUGCCUGCCCAAAGUCAAACUGAUAGCAAAUGGCAGAGCUGGAAUUGGAAGCCAGGUCCAGUUGACUCCAAAGCUAAAGAUAAUGUUAGAGUUGACUUUGAAUGAGAAAUUGGAGUGUACGAGUGAAAGAAAGAAACAACCGAGAGCCUUCCUAGCAGCCCUAUAUUUUAUAGAGAUAUAAAAAGUACAUAUCCAAAGAGUGUAAGGUUGCAGAUGACUAUUCCCAAGAGAGUUCUCUGCCCACUUUCUUCCUCAAAAAUUGGCCAAUAAACGUCUUUCAAUGUCACUGACAAACCAAGACUCCCUUGGUCUUGAAGCCACGGGCUUUGCCUGACAGAUGAGAAAUCUGAGACCCAGAGAGGGCAAAUCACGUGUCCAACCCCAUAUAGUCUGCCUGUGGUAGAGCCAGGGCCGGCACCCUGGUUUCUCACUGCUGGCCGGAAAUCCUUCUGCAAACCCAGGCUACCUUGCCACAGUGCCUCCCUUGUGGUUUUUGCAAAAUGGCCGAGUGAGACUCCCCCACAGUCCCCUCCUGCUGUCAUCCCUCCAGCGAGACAAAAGGCAAUUUACCGAAAUGUUAUAAUCACCUGGAGGCUGGCACACAGGGACAUCCAUGCUUUAUCUGCAGUGUUGUUAGCAGCACUGUAAUGAAGGCUUUGUGGAGGGAUAAUAUGCUGUAACUGCCAAAUGAAAUGCCCGCACCAAUCACACAUCCCUGCCAGCAGACGGGCAUUUGCUGUAAGCAAAAGGGGUAGGAAGGAAAGUUAUGAGUAUUGGAUGCCUCCACGCUGCCAGGAACUUACCACAUCCCAGUUCUUUGAGGAAUAGACCCUUAUUCGCAUUUGGCAGAUAGGGAAACUGAGGCUCGGGGGUAAGUUAUUUACUGAUGAUCAAGCAGGUAGUAAAGGGAGGAACCAGGAUAUGAACCCAGGUCCCUCUGACACUGGAGGCCAUGCUCUGAACUGACGAGAUAUGCUGUGGCCUUUCCUGAACCAUGAACCUUUCUGAGAAUCUAGGCCCAGCUAUGGACUUCUCCCCAGAGAAAUACACUGGAAUUCACAAACAGAAUUUUGCCUACAGAGGGAGGGAUUGGUCACUUGGAAGCCAUCCAUAGAGCCCUGUCAAGACCUUUGCUCUAGGAAUAACAGCCUGCCCAGCUUGCCACCUCUCCCUGGACUGCAGGAAUUGCCCAUUGCCAUCCUCUCUCCCCACCCCAAUUCCAAAGGCCCUGGAAAUUCCCCUUCCAGCCAUGGUGCCCAUUGGAUUCCGGUAACAAUACCUCCCCUGCCCCCCAACCCCCAUGGUAGCCUCCUGGAGGCAUCUGAAGGACACAGCUUCCCCUUCCGCGGCUGGAGUCAACCUGAGCCAGCACUAUAAUGCUUUGUUUUGUCUCCUUUAAUAGAAGUGAGUGGAAAGCCAGAGCCCAUGGGGCAGGAACCUACUCUCUUCCUCAGCUCAGGCUCUGGAACUCAGGGCUGUUGACUGAAACCCCUCAGGUCCAGGAAGGCAGACAGGGCUACAGGCAGGGACUUAGAGCCAGCCAGAUCUGCAAGCAGAUCCCAGUUCUGCCACUCACCAGCUGAGUGACCUUGAGCUAGGCCCUUAAUGUCUCUGAGCUUUAGUUUCUUCAUCUGAAAAAUGGGGACAGAAAUAGACCUCCCUUCCAGGAUUGUGGCCUGAAGUGAGAUGACAUGCAUGAAGUGAGAUGGUGUCAUCUCCGACAAGAACAGCAGCUGGCCCAAGUGAAGGCCUUGGUGCAUGUUGGCAAUCACAGUUGUGAUCCUUUUACACCCAGGGUGAAAAGGUGGAAAGCAGGGGCCUCCUUAACUUCACAUCCCAAAGGGAGGAGCCAGUGUUACCAUGGCAAACUGCACUCUGGCCUCCUCCCAUCUGCUUUUGAUUCUAGUUUCAAGACUGGACUAGAGGCCUGUGAUUUUCUGAUCUGUCUACCCAGCCCUGGGCAUUCUGUUAUGGAUAUGUCCCCAUCAUCUUCAUCAUUUCUUAUGCACCUAGAGCCUUAAGCCUCCAAAUCUCCCCCUAGACACAGGCCUUUGUUGAGGCCCUGCAUCCACCAGGGUUUCACAUGGGGAUCAGACCCUGUGCCUGGCCCCCACCAAGACCAGUACAGGGCUAGAGGGAACAUAUAUAAAAAUAGACAGUCACAGGACUGGGGUAGGUGUUCUCUGGACAGAGGCCUGGGUCCUUUAGGGAACCUCAUGUUGAAAAGACCAUAAGGAAACUCCCACCCCUCAAAAUACAGUUUAGAAAUCAAAAUAACAUAAACCAUAAAAAAGCAUAGGAAGCAGUCCAACACAAUUCUAUAUUUCCUAUGAUGUUUAACUUUAAAUAUUAAAUAUGAGCUUCUUUCCAGAAAACUGGGAGUGUCCCUGUUUCAGUGGUGUCAGGAGCUACAUUCACUGUGUGCCACACACACAGAAAAGAGCAUCAGUGUGUCCCAAGCAGUCCAGAUGGUGUCCUGGAAAAGGUGGAGUUUGGCUAGGUCUAAAAGGAUGAUGAUUGGAUUCUGCUACAUGGAAGGGAAGGAGCCACAUGGGCAAAGACUGGAAAGACGCAGGGGUACGGGGUGCCCCAGAUGGAGCAACUGAGAAGGCUUAUGUGUUGGGGAAUGGGGAAGGUGUCAAGGAGGCCUCACUCCAGCUGUGAUGGGCAGACUGGGCUUUGAUGAGUAUGGAGGAGUGGGUCUCAGCUGGACAUUCAAGGCAGAGGGACCCAGUGUGGGCUGGAGAGAUAGAGGUCAAGAGUUUAAGACCAGCUUGGCCACCAUGUUGGUAGAGACCUGUCUCUACGAAAAAUACAAAAUUAGCCAGGCACAGUGUAGGCGCCUGUAAUCGCAGCUACUCAGGAGGCUAGACAGGAGAAUCACUUGAACCCACGAAACAGAGGUUGCAGUGAGCCAAGAUCACUACACUCCAGCCUGGAUGACAGAGCAAGACUCCAUCUGAAAAAAAAAAAAAAAAAAAAAAAGCAAAUUAAUUCCAUAUAUUGAAACAAAGUGUACCCACAUGAAAUAUAAAUCCCACAUUCAAUAUAAAAAUGUUGCUGUUGCUUGGUAAACUGUUUCACGAUGAGUCUUUAACAAUUGGCCAUGAUUUCCUGAGAGUCAUGCAUACUGGGGAAUUCUCAAAAAAUGAGGAAAUGGAGCCUACAAAUGGAUUUCAAGUGUAAUAAAAUUGCUUUGAUUUCUAAAUUUAAUAA